UCGGAUGACUCACUGGGGCGACCUAGACUGGACGUGAUUAUGAUGCAACGUCCGUGUAGAGAAAGCCGCCAGUGCACAUUGGAGAGACAAGGCGUGGUAGCCUGCGCACUAUGUCCUUGGAAGUGACCAGGGCGACCGCGGAGAUGGUGCUGGCAGAACUCUAUGUAUCGGAUCGAGAGGGGGAUGACGCCACUGGCGAUGGAACCAAGGAGAAGCCUUUUAAAACAGGCCUAAAGGCUCUGAUGACAGUAGGAAAAGAACCAUUCCCCACCAUUUAUGUGGAUUCGCAAAAAGAAAAUGAGAGGUGGGAUGUUAUUUCCAAAUCACAAAUGAAGAACAUUAAAAAACUAUGGCACAAGGAACAGAUGAAGAAUGAAUCCCGGGAGAAGAAAGAGGCAGAGGACAGUUUGCGGAGAGAAAAGAACCUGGAAGAAGCCAAGAAGAUUACCAUUAAAAAUGAUCCCAGUCUUCCAGAGCCAAAAUGUGUGAAGAUUGAUGCAUUGGAAGGCUACAGAGGCCAAAGGGUGAAGGUAUUUGGCUGGGUCCACAGGCUGCGCAGACAAGGCAAGAAUUUAAUGUUUCUGGUGUUACGGGAUGGAACAGGCUAUCUUCAGUGUGUCCUGUCAGAUGAUUUGUGCCAGUGUUACAAUGGAGUGCUCUUGUCCACGGAGAGUAGUGUGGCAGUAUAUGGAAUGCUGAAUCUUACCCCAGAGGGCAAGCAGGCUCCUGGAGGCCACGAGCUCAGCUGUGACUUCUGGGAACUGCUUGGGCUGGCUCCUGCUGGAGGAGCUGAUAACCUCAUCAACGAGGAGUCAGACGUUGACGUCCAGCUCAACAACAGACACAUGAUGAUCCGAGGGGAAAACAUGUCCAAAAUCCUGAAAGCACGCUCCAUGGUCACCAGGUGUUUUCGAGACCACUUCUUUGACAGGGGUUACUGUGAAGUGACUCCUCCAACACUAGUGCAAACCCAAGUGGAAGGUGGGUCCACACUCUUCAAGCUCGACUAUUUCGGGGAGGAAGCCUUUUUGACUCAGUCUUCUCAGUUAUACCUGGAGACCUGCAUUCCAGCUCUGGGAGAUGUCUUCUGUAUUGCUCAGUCAUACAGGGCUGAACAAUCCCGAACACGCAGACACCUGGCUGAGUACACUCACGUGGAAGCAGAGUGCCCCUUCAUGACCUUCGAGGAUCUCCUGAACCGACUGGAGGAUCUGGUUUGUGACGUGGUAGAUAGAGUCUUGAAGUCACCUGUGGCAAGCAUCGUGUAUGACCUCAACCCGAACUUCAAGCCCCCCAAACGACCUUUCAGACGGAUGAACUAUUCAGAUGCUAUCGCGUGGCUAAAAGAGCACAACAUUAAGAAGGAAGAUGGAACUUUCUAUGAAUUUGGAGAGGAUAUUCCAGAAGCUCCUGAGAGACUGAUGACAGACACCAUUAAUGAGCCCAUCCUGCUGUGUCGAUUUCCUGUGGAGAUCAAGUCCUUCUACAUGCAGCGAUGUCCGGAGGAUCCCCGCCUGACUGAAUCUGUCGACGUAUUGAUGCCCAAUGUCGGUGAGAUUGUGGGAGGCUCCAUGCGUAUCUGGGACAGCGAGGAGAUAUUGGCAGGCUAUAAGAGGGAAGGAAUCGACCCUACUCCAUACUACUGGUAUACAGACCAGAGAAAAUAUGGCACGUGUCCACAUGGAGGCUAUGGCUUGGGCUUGGAACGAUUCUUAACCUGGAUUCUGAAUAGGUAUCACAUCCGAGAUGUCUGCUUAUACCCUCGGUUUGUCCAGCGCUGCAAGCCAUAACCAGUUCCUCCUGAAGCAUUAAGAAAAGAAGCUGCUUAAAGAGGGAAUAGCAGGCCUCUGUAAAAUAAAACCAAAAAUCUUCCCAUUUUUAUUCCUCUGGGGUAUUUCAGUUUCUGUUUUCUAUCUUUCCACCACAAUACGUAAUCCAAAAGACUUGAAUAUCAAAUGACAUUGAUGCUAAUCAUUUUUUUAAAAGUAUCUACAACAAACUUUGGGGGACACUGCAACUAUGAAUACAUUUCAGCAUUUUAUCCAGUUAUUGGUUGUAAUCUAUCAUGCAUAACCACAUAUGAUUAUAGAAUUGUUUAUUAUGAUCUAAGACAUUCCAGUUUUUAUCUCUGCAUAACUAGAAUUCUUUUCAGUCUUUCUUGAACAUCUUAGUGGAAAAUUGACAAGAUGAUAUGAAAAUCUGCUUGUAUUAGAACUGAUUAUGAAUAGCUAUUGGAAUCAGAUAAAUAGUUCUUUGCAUCAGUUACGUUCUCUAACUUCCUAUAGCUACUUAUCAUUCUGAAUAAGUAAGUUCCCAAAGAACUUGAACCUGGAAUCUUAACGACAAUUAUAAGUGACUGAGUUACUUCCAGUGUCUCCUCAGAUCUGUAAUCUGUGCUACCCAUUAACUCUCAGCUACCUGGUUUACUGAGUGAUUUCAUUUAAGAUUUGGUUAGUUGCUGCCCCAAAUGCAUGUCAUGUAUUCCCUGCAGUCAAUAAAUGGAUACAUGUAAACCUC